AUGAUACAUGCUGCAGGAGGCGGUGGAAAUAAUAAUAGUGAUAGUAACAACAUUAUUAGUAACGGCAGCAACAUUAAUGGAAAUAAUUCUUCAACAAUACCUUCAACAGUGCCCUCAUCGACUAUAUCAACCUCUUCCUCUUCACCUAAUAUACAAUCUCAAGACGAUGAUGAUCUCCAAAGCAUGCAUCACCAUUUUCGUAGCAAGACAGUUUGUAAAUUAAAUUGUGCGCACUGUAACAAUAGUGUGUGCGUGAGAGGAAUGAAGGUAGGUACUCAUGGUGUGGCAAUGGGAAAGCUAUAUAAAAUCUGGUCGAAAUUUGAAAGUGGGUGGGUGAAUUCACACAUAGCCAUGUUAUUGGCUGAUACAAGAAUUGAACUUUAUUCCACUGACGUACCGCCAUUAUCGGUACAAUUGGUUGGUGAUGAUUAUAUGACACAAAAUUGUCAAUGUAAAAUUCGGGAUGUGGCAUGCCUAACAUGUGGGAAUGUUCUAGGAUAUCAUAUUACUCAGCCAUGCCAACAGUGUAUGGAAGCUUGCAACAAUGGUCAUCUUUGGAUGUUUCACACAGAGUCUGUUACGAGCGAAGAGAGAUUAGACCCCGAAGGGAAAAAGAUUCUUUUAUGGGCACAAUUACCUCGAGCUGAAAAAGAUAUCGAAAUAGUUGAUACGGAAGACGAAUAUGAACAAUGUUGUCGAUAA